ACAUACAUAUAUACAUUGCCAAAUACUAAUCGACAUUUAUCCCCCAUCACUAGUAGCGCCAAAUUCUCCAUUGCUUGCAUUUUUAUUCGAAAAGUAUUUUUGAAAUAUGUGUGAUACGGAGAACCUGAUUGACUUGUCCGAAUUUGAUGAGCCGCAGAAAGACCAUACUACAGUGGAGGAGAAAGAAAAUGACAAUGUGGUCACAAAUUGUUUCAAGGAACCCUACGAUCCUUUUGACUUCGUUGAGAACGAAGCUUACAAUAAGGCUAAUUUUUUAAAGUGUCAGAUAGAUAAAAAGGUAGCUAGUGCAGAGUGCCAGUAUCCGGAUCUAGUCAACGAAAGUCCUCCGGUUUGCAUGCAAUCAGAUGGAUUGCCUGCCGAAGCAACUCGGCAGCGAUGUACAAACAACUCAUUUCAAAAACAGCUGCUGAAGCUUAAUGCUUCGCGUUCAAUAGCUCACAUGCUGCCUCAUUGUGAUGAUACCUCUCAGUUCGAAAGGACUAUUUUAAAGGAGAAUUUACAAAUGUUGGCUGCUGAGUCGCCGUUAAAAUUAAUAGAGGACGACGCAUUAUCUUCCAGUGCCAAUUUUGAAGAAGAUUUAAAAAUGAUGCGCAUACCAAUUUUAGAUGUGCUUAGGCAAGAAGAGACAACUUCAAUAGCUAUAGAAAAGCACGAUAACCAACUGUGUGAAAAAAGCGAAGCUUAUUCCCCACUGGCCAAUGACCAAUCGAAGUCUAGGCAUUUAGGACAACUUCUGCAGCAGUUAAAAGUUCUCACUCAUGAACAUAUUGACAAGUCCAAAUGGCAUUAUUUUGAUGUUAUAAUUGAUUCUAUUUUUCAAAAUAUAUUUGGAGGUACCAAUGCCCAUUUUGAAGCUAACGAAGUCGAUCAAUCGACCAAGUCGACACUUCCACUACCUUACGCAUACACCCGGCAGGGAACAUUCGACCUUGAACCGCAGUACAAGAAGGAAAGAAGCAAUGAGAAUGCAGAUAACCAAGAGAUUAGCUUAAAAUCCACUCAAGGCUUUCCUGAAGCUAUAGUUUCUUCAACAGCGACGUUUGAUGGAGAAUCUUAUUUUGAAAAGCAAUCUUUGCCUUUCGCACCAUUACGUGAGAAGGACUCGUUUAUGACUGAGUUAGUGGAUGAAAGCCUGGCACUGCAGAUUAACAAAAUUUUAGAACAUCAUAGCCUUACGAAGACAGCCAUUGGUAUCAAUGCUCAGCACAGCACCGAUCCAAGGACUGUAAUUUUACUAGUAAACCCACAAAAAAAUGAUGGACAACCCUCUAUCUGCGAUAAGCCGUUAAAUUCAACGCCCCAAGCCAUGUUAAAAGAUGCUGGAACGAUGCGUCGGCGAUCUUCUUCACUUUCAAUCCAUGACAAGACUAAUCUGAUUAAGGAUUCACGAAAGUCCGAUCGCCAAUUGGAAAAUCUUGAGAACGUGCAACCUAGGGAUAUUAAAAACACGACCGCGACGGCGUCGUUGAAUGCAGCAACUGCAUUUCGACAAAGGCGGAAUUCAUUUUCUACGACAAUCAAUACAGUUUCGAAGCCAUGUGACAGCAGGCGCACAAUAAUAGGAAAUCGCAUAAAGACGCCGUCGAUUUCAGAGUCUCUUGUCAAGAGUCAGGGAGUUAUGAAGCCUACUAUCCCCAUAAAACGAGUGGUCCCCAUUAUGAAACCUUUGAGCGCUUGUAACGAAAGUAAAAACCUAACCAUAUCAGCAACUCGCUGCUCUAUUCCAGAGACGCCAAUGUCGUCCAAGGGCAAGGCUGGGCAGAAAAUAUUUAGCACCAGCACUCCAUUACCUCAGAUGCGCUCCCAGGCUCGCAGAUCACAUAAGCCUCCUCUUUAAACCCCAAUUCAGACUCCCCAGCUUUUGUGAAACUGAUCAAGGUGCAAAGAUGGAAAGUACGCAUUGCAAUCCCUGCAUUGUCCUAUAAAUAGGGCCAAUGUCGCUUGAAAGUGAAUUUAUUUGUUAUGUCCAAGGUUAAGUUAUUGACCUUGAAAAAUAAAGCGAAUGUGAAUACUACUAUACUGCGGUCUAUGGUAUCUCCCGAUAUUUUUGGGUUUUUUUUUCGCCCAACGUUGCUUGAUAAGAGAAUGACACUUAGUUCUUACCCAGUCUAUGUUUAUUUAAAUGUUAGAAUUUCUUGUUUUAUGCCGCACCUUACUUUUAUGCCUCUUUUAUUGAAAAUAAAAACAAAAUUGAUUAUUUUACGAAUGUUUUUUAUGUAGAAAUAAAUGGAUAUUGGGGAUAUUAUUAACAUCCAUACUUCUAAAUAUUUCUGUAAAAAGUACAGAUCAAUAAUACACUAACAUAUUAAUGCAAGAAAUAUUCCUCCUUCAGUCUGUUUUUACGCCAACUUAUAUUGAAACAUAAAGUACACAUACAUAUAUGUUCGGGCAUGUUUGGAAAAUAAUAUAUUUUCAUUCCGUAAGUGAUUGUAAGGGUAAUUGUAUGUUUUAUAAAUCAAACACAGUCUUUUGGAAGUUACGGUAUAUAUAUAUAUAUACCUACAUAAUAUACAAAAGACCUAUUAUAUUAUAUCAUAUUAAGAAAAGUUCCUAUUAAAUAAGCAAAAAGCUUAGCUCCUAAUGUCCGCCCUUUGGUGGUCUAGAUCCGGUUAAAAUGAUAGAAGAAAAUCAUUACCGUUACUUAUAGUCAGUAGAGCUUAUUACGAUUUUGAUUAAACCCUAACCCACGUAAAAACAAACGGGCUUUAAGGUAUCUCUUUAUUUAUGUGAUUCAGUAAGUUUCAUUUUAAUUCAUUGAAGUUCCUAUUUUAAACAAAAAUCUCGGUAGCAUAACGAUAAUAAAAACUCAUACAAAAAAUAA